GUUCGCGGGGGCGGAGCGGCGAGGCGGCCCUGAAUCACCUUGAGGCUGCGCUCCGCCGGCCGCCGCUCAGAGAGGUGGAGACUCUCCGCGGGAAUUGACCUUUGGAAGCCGGAUAUCAACUCUCAGCCACCAUGUCUACCAGUGACGCUUUCAUCCAGACCCAACAGCUCUAUGCGGCCAUGGCAGACACUUUCUUGGAACACAUGUGCCGACUGGACAUUGAUUCCCCGCCGAUCACCGCAAGAAACACUGGCAUUAUCUGCACUAUCGGUCCGGCUUCUCGGUCAGUAGAAAUGCUGAAAGAAAUGAUUAAAGCUGGAAUGAACGUUGCCCGUCUCAACUUCUCUCAUGGAACUCACGAGUAUCAUGCAGGAACAAUCAAGAAUGUAAGAGAAGCUACCGAAAGCUUUGCUUCUGAUCCAAUUUCCUACAGACCCGUCGCCGUUGCCCUGGAUACAAAGGGGCCUGAGAUUCGAACUGGGCUCAUCAAGGGGAGUGGUACAGCAGAGGUGGAGCUCAAGAAAGGCGCAACUCUGAAACUGACUCUAGACAACGCUUUCAUGGAGAAGUGCGACGAGCAUGUAUUGUGGGUGGACUACAAAAAUAUCACCAAGGUUGUGGAAAUCGACAGCAAAAUCUAUGUGGACGAUGGCCUUAUUUCCCUUAAAGUUAAAGAGAAAGGUGCUGACUUCAUCAUAACCGAAGUGGAGAACGGUGGGAUGUUGGGUAGCAAAAAAGGUGUCAACUUACCUGGGGCCGCCGUCGACCUCCCUGCCGUUUCUGAGAAGGACAUCCAGGACCUCAAGUUUGGUGUCGAGCAGGACGUGGACAUGGUCUUCGCUUCCUUUAUCCGCAAAGCGGCUGACGUCCACGCCGUCAGGAAGGUGCUGGGGGAAAAGGGGAAGAAUAUCAAGAUCAUCAGCAAAAUCGAGAACCACGAGGGAGUGCGCAGGUUUGAUGAAAUCAUGGAAGCUAGCGAUGGCAUCAUGGUAGCCCGGGGCGAUCUGGGUAUUGAGAUUCCGGCUGAAAAAGUCUUCCUAGCCCAGAAAAUGAUGAUUGGCCGAUGCAACCGUGCCGGCAAGCCUAUUAUCUGUGCUACUCAGAUGUUGGAGAGCAUGAUCAAGAAACCCCGCCCAACACGUGCUGAAGGAAGCGACGUAGCCAAUGCUGUCCUGGACGGAGCCGACUGUAUCAUGCUAUCUGGAGAAACGGCCAAAGGAGAUUAUCCUCUGGAGGCUGUCCAGAUGCAGCACCUGAUUGCUCGCGAAGCCGAGGCAGCCAUCUUUCACAGGCAAUUGUUCGAAGAGCUCCGCCGGCUGGCCCCCCUGAAUCGAGACCCUACCGAAGCCGCCGCUGUGGGUGCCGUAGAAGCCUCCUUCAAGUGCUGCAGCGGGGCCAUUAUUGUGCUCACCAAGUCUGGAAGGUCUGCUCACCUGGUGUCCAGAUACCGACCACGGGCCCCCAUCAUUGCUGUGACCCGUAAUGCUCAGACCGCCCGCCAAGCCCACCUCUACCGUGGCAUUUUCCCAGUGAUGUGCAAGGAGGCAGCCCUGGAUGCUUGGGCCGAAGACGUCGAUCUCCGUGUGAACCUGGGCAUGAAUGUUGGCAAAGCUCGUGGAUUCUUCAAGUCAGGGGAUCUGGUCAUCGUGCUUACCGGCUGGCGCCCUGGAUCCGGUUACACCAACACCAUGCGUGUAGUGCCUGUCCCGUAAAACGGACCCUGGCCACAAUCACCCCCUCCUCCCGCCUCACACCCCUUCCUGUCCCUCUCGCAUUAGACCAGCAACUGCUUGCAAUUUCGUUCUUUGUCUGUAGAGCGGAUAGUGACUGCCCUAAAGCCAUCGAGUGCAGUAACCGGGGAGGCGGAAAAGAAAAAGAGACUCUCAAUUUAGAAAAUACUUGAAAUAGUUUGAUAAGUGGAACCUCCUUCCCCCUUUUCUUCCUUGCCCUGGGCUAUCCGGCCUUAUUUGUUAGGAGCCAGUAUGAUCCAGCAGCUGGGGAUCGCCCGGUUUCUCUUCUGGAGCCGAUCCCCUCUGCAGGGAGACUAGGAAUCUUGGCUGGCUUAUUUAGUACGGCAUUGUAGGCGAGGCUUGGUGUCAUACUCAUCCUAAAUCCCACCUUUCCCAACGCCGCCUCCUCUCUGUAAGUCUGUGUUGUCAGCACUCUGCCAAAACACUCCUCACGGGCUCUGCUACACCAUAGUUGGCUUGAUCAGAUCAACACACACUCCAGUAGGGGGUUUGACACAAGCCCCCUUUCCUGCCCCUGGGAAGUUUUUAAGAAAGCAAAUCUUUUCAGUCUCCUGUUCCUCCUUGCCAGUAGACCCGAAGAAUAUCAGAUUAUAUAUAUAGAUAUAUAUAUAUUUCACAGUGGGUUGGUUCAGGAGUAGAUUGCGCUGUUUUUGACAGCCUAGGAAGACUUUUUUGUGGGGAAACCAAUCUUUGCUCAGGAAACUGAAUGCAAGCGAGCCAGGCCACCGGAAUUGUUCCCAUCACUGCACUCCACCCAACCGAAGCUACCCAGGGUUGUUUGUGCCGCUGUUGUUGAGCUGUCUUGUGUUCCAGUUUUGAGUCAUGCCUCCUGACAGUGCACUCUGUAACUCUCUCUAUACAUUACCUGCUGUUAAAAAGAGAUGCAUCGGAUUGUCAGAUGCCACUUAAUACAUCAAUAAAGCAGAGUUCAACCCAU